GGUUAGUGGCAACCUUGGCGAGGCGACGUUGCCAAGUUGCGCUUGUUUACAUGUACCUGGAAUUUGUUGUGAUUUUACAAUAAAUAAUGAGUGGAACACGCACCUGCAGGACUUGCCUUCAGAGUUUUGAUGUAAGCGAAACCCAUUCGGAUAACCUCACCAAUCUUAAGGAGAAAAUAGAAAGUUGCAUCCCAUUCGUUACCUUAGAUCUUGUUAAGGACUAUAUUCUGUGUCGAGCAUGCAUCGAGGCGCUUUCCAACGCGUACCAGUACAAGCAAAUGUGCCAGGAAACCGAGGAGAAGAUUUACAAUUACUUGUUAAACUCGUCCUGCAAAGACACCAAGUCGAUCGACAUUGACAACGUGGUGCAAUGGCUCCGGGCCCCCGCGGUCGUCGAUCACAUCGACCUAGUCGACAGUGAAACCGAGUCGGCAAUCGAUUCCGAUGACGACCUGCUCGAGAUUCAUAAACACGAACUGACAGACGACGAGGAUUUUAAGGUUAUUUUUAAUGGGGAGGACGAAGAGGAGGAUCCGAACUAUCAGAGACUCUGCGAAAUCGAGAAACAGUUCGCCAGCUACUCCAUCGACGAGUUCUACUCCAAAGGUCUGGUCAAACUGCCCGAGUGUCGGGUCGCCUUGAACCCGUUGUCGCAAGAUCUCAUCCAGCGGUACUCGGCGAAACCGUCGGCGGCGGGUUCGCCGAAGAGACAGGUUAAAAAGAGGCGGAGACGUAAACGAAAUCAGAUUGAGAGCAAACCGGCGGCGAACGACCUGAAGGAAACGCGAAGUUACAGUUGCCCGUGGUGUAAGUAUUCGUCGAUGUACGAAAAGAGACUCUUUCGCCACCUCCAGGAGCACAAUAGCAUAUAUCGCGAGUUCGAUCACAAUCGCUCGCUGCUGCGUUGCUUGUUGUGCGAGUACGUCACGUACUUUCAAAUGCAGUUGGAGUCGCAUUACCUGGGGCACUUCAUCACGCCGCCAUUCGAGUGCAAACUGUGCAAUGCAAAGUUCAAAUUCCGUACACGAUUGAUUACGCACAUACUCGGACAUUCCCAGAGGUGCGGAGUGAUAGAGUCCGAACACAAUUACGCACUUGUCUAACGAGGACCAGACGUUUGUAUAUACUUAGCAUUAGAAUAUGUGUCCGGGGAGGCGUCCAAAUCGCCAAUGUGUGACUAAUAAAUCUUUAUUCAAAUAG